AUGGCGAAUACUGAUAGUACUGUUACCUCUGGGAAAGUGUUCACACCACCUGCAUGGAAGCCCAAUGCAAGGAAAUCACAGGAAGAGAAUAUUUCAAGCUUUCUCUUGUAUUUUUCCGAUGUGACAAAGCAGAUGAACAAUCAUAUGGACUUACUGCAACAAGGGACUUCGAAGAUGGAGCGCAAAAUGGAAGAAGGAGAACAGAGCAGUAAAAGACAGCGAGAGGUUGAAAGUGAUGAGCGUGAACGAAAAGUGAUUGUUUUUGAAUUAGAUAGCGAGGAAGAUAAAGCCGAAAUUGAGGAAGAAGGUGAGUCCGAGGAAGAAGGAGAGACUGAGGAAGAUGAUGAGACUGAUGAACAGCCUGAAAGCAACCUAAAUUCUGAUUUAGAAACCGAGAGUGAAGAAGAUGCUCUAGAAUUGGAUGCAUUAUUUGAAUCAGACAGUGGUUUUGAUUUUGGGAACUACUUUGAUAAUGAUGAUGAUGAUGAUGAUGAUGUUGGUUCUGAUUCUUAUUUUGGGAACUACUAUGAAGAAAAUUAG